AUAGAAGGGAGAGAGGAGGAAAUGAGAAGAUGGAUAAAACACCAAAGUCUGCUCCACCAUAAAGCCUGACAGAAGAGAAAUUGGGGAACACAAGAGCAGAAAAUCCUUGGAGAAAAAAAUGUCGAAGCCCCGGAGUCGAUGAAAAACCAGCGCUCAGCAUUUGGCUGAUUUUCGAGCGCACGGGAGCAGUGCUUCCUGCAGCCUUGGGUCUACACACACCCAUUCGGACUAAGCGAAUUUAGGGGCCAGCGCGGGUCACCUACUGCGGGCCGGGGGCGGGGCCGGCCCCACACUGGAGAAGCCAGAAGGCCGGCAAGCCGCGGGCUAGGAAAGGUGACCCUGGCGACCCCAAACGCCCCCGCCCCUCUCGCUGAGGCUGCACCUGCCCGCGGAGGGCGCCGAGCCGCCGACAGAGAAGAUGGCUAGCCCUGCGCCCUUAGUGGCCUCCAUCAGCCACCAAAUGGUGGCUCUGCAGACUCUGCAGCUGCUGCAGCAGGAGUGGGGCUGGGGGGACGGUCCGAGCGACCCCAGGAGCCCGUGCGAUCCGGACCACGUGUCCGCCACCCCAGCGCGUCGCACAGGCCCUCGCCGGGCCCGGCCGGGCCCGGGGCGGGAGGAUGGGGGCAGAGAACGGGCGGCCGGGAACUGGGGUUCUGGGGCGCGGGUAAGCUCCCCAGAAACGGUAGGGGUGCGAGGCGCCGAGGGGGGCGCAGAGCUGCUGCCCUUCCCCAGGGGCCGUGGGCCCUGCACCCUGGCCCAGAUGGCCAUGCGCAGCGCGCUGGCCCGCGUGGUGGACUCGACCUCGGAGCUGGUCAGCGUGGAGCGGACGCUGCUGGGCCCCCUGCAGCAGGAGCGGUCCUUCCGCAUCCAACUGAAGGACAGUGUUGAGUUUAGAAACAUCUGCAGUCAUUUGGCUCUACAAAUUCAAGGACAACAGUUUGACAGAGAUUUGAAUGCUGCCCACCAGUGUUUGAAGACAAUAGUCAAGAAGCUGAUUCAGUCACUUGCUAAUCUUCCUUCAGAUGCCCACAUGGUAGCUUGUGCUUCUUUGAGACAGAUCUUACAGAAUCUACCAGACAUAUGAAUGUUCAAGACACCAGAACUAAAAUCACAGCCAGAACUGCUAAGAGGACUGGGUACCUGACAUGCCUAAUUGUAUUAGCAGACAGUGGAUACUUUUAUUCCCAGUAAGGGGAGAUGUGAUGACAUAUAGAGCAGUCUGACCAGUGGCAUCCAUACCCUUCAAAAUCAUAGCAUGUUGGUUACCAUUUUUUAAAGCAGUAGCUCAUAUUUUUAAGUAUGCUGAUAUAUUUGCUUACUUUUUGAUUGAAAUAUAUUCCACUUUGUGGAACUGAUUGGAUUAUAUAUGUAUAUAUUUACCAAUUCAUAUUAAGGAUUAGUUUUGAUCAAAUGAUACAUUAAUCUAUACUUAUAUUAAUGUAAGCCUAUGAGGUUUAAUAGGGUUAUUUAAUAUGGUUAUAUGAUUAAAGCUUCAUGGUGCUUAGAAUUAUCUUGAAUAAAUAGGAUAUUUGAUAAUUGGUAUGUUCUACUUACUGAGCACUUCAUUUUAUGUUAUGAAAAUGAUAUUUAGAUGUUGUAGGACCACAUGUGUCAAUAAUUAUGAGUUCCAAUCCUGGCAUCAAUAACUUACUGUUGGACAGGAAAAGAGUUGCUUCUAAACCUUGUGCUUUUAUAUACUGAUUUGUAAAUUUGCAAUGAUAAUGAGCUAUGAAGUACCAAGGAUAUAUGAUCUGUAAAUACAAAGUACAGUAUUAUUAAAGUCUCAUGUGGAAACACGUA